AUGGAGGCCAUCUUGCUGGACAAGGCUAACAGCAUCCGAAAGGCAGCUGAAGUCCACCGGCGUGUGAGGAGAUAUGCGCAACAAGAGCUGAUCAAACCGGGGGUCAAACUGAUCGACAUCUGCGAGAAGCUCGAGAACGCUACAAGGACCUACCUUGAGGCAGACAAGGGCAAGGCAGGCACCAAGGCUGGCAUCGGAUUCCCCACUGGCGUCUCUUUGAACAACUGUGCAGCACAUUACACCUCCAACCCUGGAGACAAGACUGUGCUGAAAUAUGAUGAUGUUCUCAAGCUUGACUUCGGUACGCACGUCAACGGCUUCAUCGUUGACUCAGCGUUCACAUGGGCUCCGAAUGAUAAAUAUGAAACAUUGCUGGAGGCUGUAAAAGACGCAACAUACACGGGGAUCAAGGAAGCGGGAAUCGAUGUGAGAUUAUGCGAUGUCGGGGAGGCAAUUCAGGAAGUUAUGGAAUCAUACGAGUGUGUCAUUGAUGGAAAGACGCAGGGUCACAGCAUUGAGCCUUAUCGCAUUCAUGCCGGCAAGUCAGUGCCUAUCGUGGCCGGUGGCCCAUCGACAAGGAUGGAGGAAGGGGAAGUUUACGCCAUUGAGACCUUUGGCACCACGGGGAGCGGAUACGUGCGGGAGAUCAAGAUGCCUCGUGCAGCGAAGUUGAAGUCCUUCAUCGAGAAACAUUUCAAGACACUCCCCUUCUGCCCAAGAUACCUCGAAUGGGCGGGACAGAAAGACUACAUGCCUGCUCUCCGACAUCUUGUAGAGUCAGGAGUAGUUGAGGACUAUCCACCUCUGUACGAUACCCGCGGGUCGUACGUGGCACAGUACGAGCACACAAUUUUGUUACGGCCAACAUGCAAGGAGAUAGUAUCGCAGGGAGAUGAUUGGUGA